GCAUGCCCGGUGACGCGGCGGCGUCAGUGCGCAGUGACGGGCUGUGGGAGCGGAAGACGGCGUCUGGGCCGCGUAAAGCCAGCGCAACGAUAACGUUAAAGACCCCGGUCCAGCCGAGCGGCGAUCGCAGAGUUCCGCCCUCUGGCGCUCUUCACCCGUCCUCGGUUUAAGCCGCCGCCGGCAGAGAGAGAUAAUAGAGAUAAUAGAUAUAUAGUGAGAGAGAGCGUAAUUAACUAAGAAAGUGCCGGGCAGGCCCAGGUUCUCCCACCCGCGCGGCCGCGGCUCGUCCCAACGAAAAGUCCGAGGGGAAAGGCGGAAGAGGCGGCGGGCCUUGUGUGACCGCCGCGCAUCAAGGAGCAGUCGGCUACGGGGAAGGGAAGAGGGUUAACAUUGGAGAAGAGUUGGUGAGCUGCAGAAAUUAGCACCUGGAGGUAACCGCCCUUCUGCGCGAAUUCUGGGAACCAAGGGAGGCCGUGAAAGGUGUCCCCGCCCCCCCCCGCUCUCGGGUAGGUUUUAGAGGGUUAAAACCUGAACAGGGUUCUCCCAUCUCCCCUCCGAGGAACAAGGUGGGGGUGGUAAUCAUAGAUUACCAAUACCCUAUAUAUAAUAUGUAGGUAGGCGUAUUCAGGAUCUCAUAAACAUCGAGGCACAGUGGUUAAUACAAAAAUCAGGACGAAGCCUGAACUCGUCGGUGGAUGUUAUUUAAAAACUGGACGAUUAACGCCGUUCUCUCCGAAGACUAUCGAUUGGUUUGGGUUUGCGGAAAUAGGACGAGAGCUGCGGAUGUUUUUUCGUGCGGGAGGGCUGCUUUUUCGACAUCAUGCCAGGAAAACAGAGAAAAAGUGCUGCAGGAUGGUCAAGGCAGCGUGCAGUGGAACACCGAGAAGCAACAAGAAUCAGAAGGGAACGAGAGACGCAAGAAGAAACAUCUCAACGUCUCGCAGAUGACCGAGAAGGAAGAAGAAGAAGAAGAAGAAAAGAUGAAGAGGCGCAACCAAAAAAAUCUAAACAUUUUGAGGAACAACAAGAAAGAACGCAAAGCACAAGGGAUGAAGAGAUGCCACGAAGAAGAAGUGAGCGCCUCAAGGAUCGACAAAAAAGAACGCAAAGAAAGGAUGAAGAGACGCAACCAAAUAGAACUGAAUGUAUCAAUGAUCAACAACAAAGACCACAAAGCAGUAGGGAUGAAGACACACCACAAAUACUGAACUGCCAGCCCACCAGAGAUGACAUGCCAGGGAGGAGAAAACGGUGUGGAACAUGGUCAAGUGUCGACAUCAAGAGACGUCGAGAAACAUCAAGGAUAAGAAGGGAACAAGAGACUGAACAAGAAAAAAAUGAACGUAUCAAGGAUCAACGAGAAAGAGCGCAAAACACAAGGAAUAAAACUCUACGCGAAAGAGAGCAACACAGAAUCAUGCCAAGAAGAGGGAUAAAACGAAAUGCAGGAUUGACAAGGAAGGACGCAAUGAGACAUCAAGUUUCAGAAAAGACCAGAAGGGAGCAAGAGAGGCAACAAAUAAGAGCUGAACGUCUCAGGGAUCAACGAGAAAGAAUGCGACACAUAAGUAAUGAAGAGAGGCCCAUUCUUAGUCAUGUGUGUGAGAAAUUGUGGAAUAUACCUCAUCUAACUCUGAAGCCUUUACAGGAAAACAGCAAGGGAAAUAACAGUGGAACAGUUACACCAUGCAAGUUGAACCGGUGUAGGAACUUCACUACCAUAGAAGGAGUAUCUAAACAUCCUGAAACUUGCAACUGCACUCCUGAUUUGUCUAAAUCCACAAAAACUGAGGGGCCACAGUUUCUUUUGAUCCCACUGCAGUCCAACACUACUUACGGGCCUGCACAGAAUCUGCAACGUCCAGGUGCGAAACUCUUCCAAUACCCAAAUGGCCAGAUUGUCGAACUUGUGCCUCUACCAAAUCCUGGGCCAGUGACUCGACCAAAUCUCCACCAAAAGGUCACUCCUGCUGUAUGGAAUCCAGGCUCAUUGAGUGGGAAUCGUCUGCCUACCCCAAUAAAAAAAAUUUCGGUGGCUUCUUCUCCCAGCAUUGUUACUCCAUGUCGUAAAGGGAUAAUACCACAAAGGGGGCCACAUUCAACCCCUGUUGUAAAACCAGCCUGCGUUGCUUUGAAGGAAACCUCUACUCCUCAACCCAUUUCUGCAGGAGUGUCAGAAGUACCUGUUAAAACUACUUCACAGCGUACAUUUGUAGCAGUUAAUGGUGUUGGUCAAACUAUCAAUGCAUGGCAUCUUGUUCCCCAUCAGCCACUGGUACUUUCUCUACUGCAGCUGCCUCAAGGACAGAUAAAUAUGACAAAUGUCAUCAUAACUGCUGGACCAUCAUUGACGCUUGUGAAUCAGUCAUCUGGUUUACAGUCAUUUGAAAAAACAGGCUUUGAGAAGACUGCCAACCAGAAUAACAAGUCAGAAGAUAAGUUGAUUGAACCUGGGCUAGAGAAAAUUCAUGUUGCCGAUUCUGAGCUUAUUGAGACAACGGUGACUAAGGGUGUACCAGAUGAGGACCAUGUAAAUGCUGAUCCAUCAUCAGAAGUUAAACAGGAGACUGAUGCAUUUCCUUCCCCGCCUUCAGUCAGUGAGGUGGACGAUGAGGAUCAUACUAUGGACCAUCAAAAUGCAUUAGAACAUCCUACUCCAGCAGUGGUUUCAAAGUUCGACUCAACGUCCAGUGAAGAGGCAAUGGACAUCGAGACUGUGGAGGAACUCUCUGAGAAAAUCAACAUUGAUCAUCUUAUUGCUUCUGCCUCUCGUCUUACAAGCAAAUCAAACAUCUUGAAAUGCCUCCCGAAUAUUUAUUCAACAAAUCCAUCCAAUGUUGCAUCAUCUGAAUACUAUGCAGAGCCUUUUAAAAUUAUUGUCAAGGAAGAGCCUCCAGAUGACUAUGAAUAUAACCAUGUAGCAAACCCAGUAAUCCUUGAUUGUGAUGGACUAAAAUGUAAAGAUGAGAAGGAAUUUUCAGAUUCAGAAGGAUGGGAUGGUGGAACUAAUUGUGAUUUACAAAAUAAAACUAUGAACAAAAGCUCCAUCAAUGAAGUGGAUGCAACUUCAUCUGCAGCUGCGAAACAGCCACUAAUCAGUCCUAUAGGAGUAGCUAAAUGCCUCCAGAAUAUUUAUUCAACAAAUCCAUCCAGUGUUGCAUCAUCUGAAUGCCAUGAAGAGCCUUUUAAAAUUAUUAUCAAGGAAGAGCCUCCAGAUGACUAUGAAUAUAACCAUGCAGCACACCCAGUAAUCCUUGAUUGUGAUGGACUAAAAUGUAAAGAAGAGAAGGAAUUUUUUAAUUCAGAAGGAUGGUACCGUGGAACUAAUUGUGAGUUACAAAAUAAAACUACGAGCAUAUGCUCCAUCAAUGAAGUGGAUGCAAUUUCAUCUGCAGUUACCAAACAGCCACUAAUCAGUCCUGUAGGAGUAUUUAAAUGCCUCCCGAAUAUUUAUUCAACAAAUCCAUCCAGUGUUGCAUCAUCUGAAUACCAUGAAGAGCCUUUUAAAAUUAUUGUCAAGGAAGAGCCUCCAGAUGACUACGAAGAUAACCAUGUAGUAAACCCAGUAAUCCUUGAUUGUGAUGGACUAAAAUGUAAAAAAGAGAAGGAAUUUUUAGGUACAGAAGGAUGGGAUGGUGAAACUAAUUGUAAUUUACAAAAUAAAACUCGGAUCAACAGUUCCAUUAAUGAAGUGGAUGCAACUUCAUCUGCAUUUACCAAGCAGCCACUAAUCAGUCCUAUAGGAGUAGAUAAAGCCAAAAUGCUGAGUGUGGAAAGUACCAAAGUACCUGCAGUUUAUUUUGAGCCGUGCAGUUUUUCAAACGGCACCGUAAAAUUAUCUGAACUGCCACAACAGCUACUGUCUUCUUGUCAGUGGAAAGGGGGACCAAUACCCAUAGCUCUCCAGUCCCCCAAUUCUUCAAAAAAACCUACCCAUUCAUCUAGCUCUGCUGAAAAUUCUCAAGUGGAGAAUGCACAUUCAAAAUCCGUAUGCUCCAGACCCAAAGAAAGUAGCUCUGCAUCAGAAAAAAACGUGAAUAAAACCAGUACUUCCACAGUUUCAAAUAAUCCAACUGCUUCACAUGGUACGCCCCCUGAGAAAACCUCUGGAGAAGGUUUCAGAUUUUGUAAGAUGAAAUAUACAGAAAAGGCAUUCAAUUCUGGGAUCUGGAGAACUCCACAGGAUGCCCUGCAAUCCCACCUGGUUGAACAUGUGCCAGAAGACCCGAGCAAUCCCAUUCAUCCGUCAGGGAACUACCAGAUGUGCACUUCAGCUUGGUCAUCCAACCUGAAUCGAAGGAAACAGAAUUUUGGUUCGUUACUAGCAGAUCCCCAAGAAAGUGAAGAGGAAUUUGAACAGCUGGAAGAGCAGUUGCUUGAGGACCUUAGUCAUUUAGACCGCAAAGUUAUUAUGCAUCCAUUGCUUGAAGGAGCUGGUCUUAAGCCAAAUUCCUUGCUGUCAACAGUCAACCUGAAACGCUUAGGAGUGGUCAUUUCAUCUUCAUCGGCUUCAAUUGUUAGACCUGCUCAAAGAACUUUCUUAGUACUUUCUCCAAUCAAACAAGUCCAAGAACCUUUAGAAGAAGUUUCCUUUGUUUCAAGAACAGGAAAAACAAAUGAUUUCACAAAGUUGAAGGGUUGGAAGCAAAAGCUUGUACAACAAUCAGGAUCUUCUACUUCCAAGCAGACCGAAACAAGUGCAAAACCAGAGUACUCCUUAAAAAAUAGUUCUGUUUUCUCAAGUGACAAAUUGGAUGAAUACCUGGAAAAGGAAGAGAAAAUUAUUGAACAGCGUGCUGCUCUGAGCGUGAGCAAAACAUCAAAAGUUGUAUGUCAAAUGUCUUCCAAAAGUUCCAGUUACGUCCACACGUUGGAUGGUGUAUUAAAAUCCCGGUCAUCCCAGGCUGACAGCAGAGGGUCCCGUACAUCCAGUCGAACUUUGGUUUUUCCUCAACCCAUUUCUAUUGGCUCUAUUUCCAAAGACAGCAAGCAGAUUGAGAUGACAUCGGGACCUGUCUCGGAUAGCAAAGAUCAGAAGUCCGCAAACAAUGCAAAGGUGGCCUCGACACCAACCACAUCAGCAGCUAAAACCAGUUUGCGGCCGUCCUUUGCACCCACAAGACUUCCUGGGUUAUCCAAAAAGCAGAUCGAGUUAAUGAAUCUGGAGAAUGGUGCCCUCUGGGUUGGGAAACCCUGGACUUGCAUCACAGAGGAGCGAGCAGAUGCAUCCCUUGUUCCUCUGGUAACAGCACAGGAAAACAGUAAGGGAAAUAACAGUGGAACAGUUACAGCAUGCAAGUUGAACAGGUGUAGGAACUCUGCUACCAUAGAAGGAGUAUCUAAACAUCCUGAAACAUCCAACUCUACUCCUCAUGAUUUGUCUCAAGCCACAAAAACUGACAGACCACAGUUCCUUUACACCCCACGGCCUGCACAGAAUCUACAACUCACACCUGAUCAGAAGAUGAUACUGCAGCCCCUCAGAUGUCCAGGUGCGAAUCUCUUCCAAUAUCCAAAUGGCCAGAUUGUCGAACUUGUGCCUCUACCAAAUCCUGGACCAGUGAGUCGACCACAUCUCCACCAAAAGGUCACUCCUGCUGUACGGAAUCCAGGCUCAGGUAGUGGAAAUUGUGUGCCUACCCCAAUAAAAUCUUGUUCGGUGGCUUUAUAUCCCAGCAAUGUCACUCUAUGUCCUAAAGGGAUAAUACCACAAAGAGGAAGGCCUCGUUCAACCCCUGUUGUAAAACCAGCCUGCGUUGCUUUGAAGCAAACCUCUAGUCCUCAACCCAUUUCUGCAGUAGCAUCAGAGGUACCUGUUCAAACUACUUCACAGCCUCCAUUUGUUAAUGGUGUUGGUCAAACUAUCAAUGCUUGGCAUCUUGUUCCCCUUCAACCAGUGGCAUUUGCUCUACUGCAGCUUCCUCAAGGACAGAAAAGUGUGUCAAAUACCAUCAUAACUGCUGGAAAGUCAUUGAAGCUUACAAAUCAGUCAUCUGGUUCACAGUCAUUUGAAAAAGCAGGCUCUGAGAAGACUGCCAACCAGAAUAUCAAAGCAGAAGAGAAGUUGAUUGAACCUGGGCUGGAAGAGAUUCAUGUUGCCGAUUCUGAGCUUAUUGAGGCAACGGUGUCUCAGGGUGUACCAGAUGAGGACCAUGUAAAUGCUGAUCCAUUGCCAGAAGUUAAACAGGAGACUGAUGCAUUUCCUUCCACGCCUUCAGUCAGUGAGGCGGACGAUGAGUUGGACGAUGAUUCUAUAGACCAUCAAAAUGCAUUAGAACACCCUACUCCAGCAGAAUUGGUUGAUCGUUCACACACUGUUGAAGAACAGAUUGUGGAAGAAGAAAAUGAAAAAUCUGCACUGGAGAAUUCCACAAGAACUGGAAAAGGAAGUUCUGUUGAUAAAGAUUCUUCCAGGUCUAACCAUGAAGUGGUUAAUAAGGAACCAGAGGAAAUGCCCAGUAUGGAGGAGAAAAAUUGGUUGCAUGAUGAACAGGCGGAAGUGGAGAUGGAAGAUAAAAAAUGUUGGUUUGAAGCAAGUACAUUUAAUGUUCCAGUUAAAAGGGAAGAAGAUAUGCUAGAAAAUCCAGAGAAUGAGGAACUAGACUUUCAUCAAAGAUUACUGCUAUAUGAAGACUUUCGUAACUCUGAUAAAGAGACUGGCCCUCAGAGUAAUCUGGUGAAUGGUGACAGUCAAAGUGAUGCAGAGAAAAUUGACGUUGAGAGAAUGUUCGACUCAACCUCCAGUGAAGCGGCAAUGGACAUCGAGACUGUGGAGGAACUCUCUGAGAAAAUCAAUAUUGCUCUUCUUACUGCUUCUGCGUCUCGUCUUACAAGCAAAUCAAACAUCCCAAAUAUUUAUUCAACAAAUCCAUCCAAUGUUGCACCAUCUGAAUACCAUGAAGAGCCUUUUAAAAUUAUUGUCAAGGAAGAGACUCCAGAUGACUAUGAAUAUAACCAUGUAGCAAACCCAGUAAUCCUUGAUUGUGAUGGACUAAAAUGUAAAGAAGAGAAGGAAUUUUCAGAUUCAGUAGGAUGGGAUGGUGGAACGAAUUGUGAUUUACAAAAUAAAACUAUGAACAAAAGCUACAUUAAUGAAAUGUAUGCAACUUCAUCUGCAGUUACCAAGCAGCCACUAAUCAUUCCCAUGGGAGUAGCUAAAUGCUUCCCAAGUAUUUAUUCAACAAAUCCAUCCAGUGUUGCACCAUCUGAAUACAAUGAAGAACUUUUUAAAAUUAUUGUCAAGGAAGAGCCUCCAGAUGACUAUGAAUAUAACCAUAUAACAAACCCAGUAAUCCUUGAUUGUGAUGGACUAAAAUGUAAAGAAAAGAAGGAAUUUUUAGAUUCAGAAGGAUGGGAUGGUGGAACUAAUUGUGAUUUACAAAAUAAAACUAUGAACAAAGGCUCCAUCAAUGAAGUGGAUGCAACUUCAUCUGCAGUUACCAAGCAGCCACUAAUCAGUCCAAUAGGAGUAGCUAAAGCAAAAAUGAUGAGGGUGGAAUGUACCAAAGUGCUUGUAGUUUACUUGGAGCCGUGUACUUUUACAAACGGCACCAUAAAAAUAUCUGAACUGCCACAAAAGCUACUGUCUUCUUGUCGGAGGAAAGGGGGACCUAUACCCACUGUUCUCCAGUUCCUCAAUUCUGCAAAAAAUCCUACGCAUUCUCAAGUGGAGAAUGUAGAUUCAAAAUCUGUAUGGUCUGGACCCAAAGAGAGUGGCUCUGCAUCAGAAAAAAACGUGACUAAAAUCAGUACUUCCACAGUUUCAAAUAAUCCAACUGUUUCACAUGGUACGCCCCCUGAGAAAACCUCUGGAGAAGGUUUCAGAUUUCGUAAGAUAAAAUAUACAGAAAAGGCAUUCAAUUCUGGGACCUGGAGAACUCCACAGGAUGCCCUGCAAUCCCACCUGGUUGAACAUGUGUCGGAAGACCCGAGCAAUCCCAUUCAUCCGACAGGGAACUACAUGACAAAUUAUUACCAAAACCAGAUGUACACUUCAGCUUGGUCAUCCAACCUGAAUCGAAGGAAACAGAAUUUUGGUUGGUUACUGGCAGAUCCUCAAGAAAGUGAAGAGAAAAUUGAAUGGCUGGAAGAGCAGCUGCUUGAGGACCUUAGUCAUUUAGACCCCAGAGUUAUUUUGCACCCAUUGCUUGAAAGAGCUGGUCUUAAGCCAAAUUCCUUGAUGUCAACAGUCAAUCUGAAACGCUUAGGAGUGGUCAUAUCACCUUCAUCGGCUUCAAUUGCAGGACCUGCUCAAAGAGACAUCUUAGAACUUUCUCCAGUCAAACAAGUCCAAGAACCUUUAGGUGCAAAACCAGAGUACUCCUUAAAAAAUAGUUCUGUUUUCUCAAGUAACACAUUGGAUGAAUACCUGGAAAAUGAAGAGAAAAUUAUUGAUCAGCGUGCUGCUCUGUGCGUGAACAAAACAUCAAAAGUUGUAUGUCAAAUGCCUUCCAAAAGUUCCAGUUAUGUCCGCACGUUGGAUAGUGUAUUAAAAUCCCGGUCAUCCCAAGCUGAGUGUCGAGGGUCCCACACAUCCAAUCGAACUUCGGUUUCUCCGCAACCCAUUUCUGUUGGCUCUGUUUCCAAAAACACCAAGCAGAUUGAGAUGACAUUGGGACCUGUGACUAGCAGAAAGCAGAAGUCUGCAAACAAUGCAAAGGUGUCCUCGACACCAGCCAAAUCAGCAGCUAAAACCAGUUUGCGGCCGUCCUUUGCACCCACGAGACCUCCUCGAUUAUCCAAAAAGCAGAGAAAGUUAAUGAAUGUGGAGAAUGGUGCCCGCUGGGUUGGGAAACCAGGGACUUACAUCACAGAGGAGCGAGCAGAAGCAUCCCUUGUUACUCUGCUAACAGCAAAGGAAAGCAGGAAGGGAAAUAACAGUGGAACAGUUACAGCAUGCAAGUUGAACAAGUGUAGGAACUCUACUGCCAUAGAAGCAAUGGACUCUGGGAAAUUGGACGGUUUCGAGAGCAAUUCAAUGUCCCCAAAUGCUGCUCAGCCAAGCAAAUGGAAGCAAAAAAAGAAGGCAGAUUCGCCGUUACACUGUGACAGUCCACAAGAAGAGACUACUGGUCUUCAGUCAGAAACACCACAAACAUCAGUGGAGACAAAGAAUACACUCAAACUGAUUGAAAUUAAUUCAUAUUGUAACUGGGAAUCAGAACGUUCCAAUAUUCUUGGAGUUCUUGCUCAAUAUACUGCCAAUAAGAGACCUUUGGAGAAAAUAAGAAUUGGAAAUUUCCUUGUUGAAAUUGUGUCAAAUUAUGGAAAAAGUCAAGAUCCUUCACCUGGAAGUGUGCUGAUUUCUAGCUCCGUGGUAAAGAUUUCCCAGUCCAGUGAAAAAGAGGGAAAUGGCAAAUACUCAGGUUGCAAUAUGUCUGUCCCAACCACCUCCCAAUCUCAUGGAAUCCAGCUGACUGAAACACCACCAAUUGCACCAAAAGAAACGUUACCAAGACAUGCCAAAUGUACAGUGCACGAAAAGGAGUUCACUGGAAAUGCCAAUGGUGAUACGAAGCUGACACGAGGACAGGUUGGAGCUCCUCAUCCAGUGAAUUGGGUGAUAGGUAAACGUAAAAAGAAAAAGCGUAAAAAGAAAAGGAAAAUAGUUGAACCAUUCAAGACGUCCUCCUCCAGUACGGUUGCCUCAUCUGCCUCUGCUCAUUUACCUUCAAAACAUCUGACAACUUGUUCCACAUCCUCUGGCAAUGAAGUUUUAAGAGAUAUCAAUGAUGCCACUCCUGUUAACCAGGCCAAAGAGGAUUAUACUUCUAACAAGUACACUCAUCCUGUAAUAAAUAAAGUUGGAGAAGUAUCGAAACAUCCUGAAACUUCCAACUCUACUCCUCCUGAUUUAUCUAAAGCCACAAAAUCUGACAGACCACAGCUCCUUUUGAUCCCAUUGCAGUCUACCUCUACUGCCCGGCCUGCACAGAAUCUGCAACUCACACCUGCUCAGAAGAUGAUACUGCAGCCCCUCAGGUGGCCAAGUGGUGAAGUCUUCCAAUACCCAAAUGGCCAGAUUAUCCAACUUGUGCCUCCACCAAAUCCUGGUGCAGUGAGUCGACGAAAUCUCCACCGAAAGGUCACUCUUGCUGUACGGAAUCCAGUCAGUGAGCUGGACGAUGAGUUGGAGGAUGUUUCUAUGGACCAUCAAAAUGCAUUAGAACACCCUACUCGAGCAGAAUUGGUUGACCAUUCAUACACUGGUGAAAAACAGAUUGUGGAAGAAGAAAAUGACAAUUCUGUACUGGAGAAUUCCACAAGAACUGGAAAAGGAAGUGCUGUUGAUAAAGAUUCUUCCCGAUCUAACCAUGAAGUGGUUGAUAAGGAACCAGACGAAAUGCCCAGUAUGGAAGAGAAAAAUUGGUUGCAAGAUGAACAGGUGGAAGUGGAGAUUGAAGAUAAAAAAUGUUGGUUUAAAGCAAGUACAUUUAAUGUUCCACUUGAAAGGGAAGAAGUUAUGCAAAAAAAUCCAGAGAAUGAGGAACUAGACUUUCAUCAAAGAUUACUGCAAUAUGAAAACUUUCCGGUCUCUGAUAAAGAUAUUGCCUCUCAGAGUCAUCUGGAGGAUGGUGACAGUCGAAGUGAUGUAGAGGAAAUUGACGUUGAUAGAAUGUUCAACUUAACCUCCAGUGAAGAGGCAGUGGACAUCGAGACUGUGGAGGAAAUCUCUGAGAAAAUCAACAUUGCUCAUCUUGUUGCUUCUGCCUCUCAUCUUAGAAGCAAAUCAAAAUGCCAUUUCCACAACCCUUACGUUACAAAUAAAUCGGAUGAGGAGGAGGAGGAGGAGGAGGGCGACAUCAAAUCCAAGCCAAAACACAUUGCUGAUCUCGAUAAGGAAGCAAAAGAUCGGCUGGAUGCUCUGGUAGUGUAUCUGACCGCGCAGACAGGAAAUGAGCGGCGGAGGCGUUCUAAGAAGCGACACCUCUUUGAAAAGUUGAAGAAAACUUUGGCCAUUCGCGGGGAGGAGAAAGUUUCAAAAUACUUUAUCCUGAAGCAGGCAUUUGCAGAAAUCCAGAAUCUGCAGGAUUAUUCUGAUUGUUUAUCAGCUUGGAAAAGUAUCCAGACUCGCAGAAGGGAUUCUCUUAUUCGAAAAGUCUCUCUAUUGACAGGGAAAACUGAGGAAGAUAUUUUGAAGAAACUGGAAUAUAACUGCGCAAAGCAGAGAGGACUAGAUGUUGAGACGAGAACGUCCAUGCAGGAAGGUGAUGAUGCAAGUGAACAGCAUUCCGUCAGUUGGAAUACAGCAUCUAUAUCAUCUAUGGACUCUCUACAGAAGGUGGCCAUGGAUUUGCAAAUCCAGAAACCACCCAAUGUCACGAUGCUUUGUAGUGGACAGGACUUAAUGUCUGAGGCUAUUCGAGCAAGACCUCUUAUUCUCACCAGGAAACAUUCAUCAACUCCCCAUAUGUAAUUUUGCCUUCUAUAGAUAGUAUAAUGUUUUUGUAUAAUUGCACGUUGUGGAAGCCACUUGGUGUAACACUUAUUUUCUCAUCUGUAGUUGGUAAACAAUAUUAAGCAAUUUCUAAAUACAGUGGUUGGAUAUA